UUUAUAAAUCAUAUAAAAAUUGAAAUCUGUUAUUUAUAAUUAUUUAGAAACAAUACAAAAGAUACACUAAAUUGAGCAUAACUAAUGUGAAGUAUUUGCUAUUGUAUUGCAAAAAUCUAUUUCGUAAUUCUAUUACAAUCGCGUUUCCCGCGUUUGAAAGUGAAACUUUCACGAUAUAAACAAUAAGACAAAUACAAUGUUAUCUACGGGUGAUUUAGAAAGGCUUAUUAGUAUGAAAAGGCGUGAGAUAGAGAAAGAGAAAAUGCUUCUCGGCCUGUCUUCCCAUCUUGUUAAUACACAAAAUGUGAUAGAAGAACACACGACAAGCAACAAAGGAGAGCAAGUGAACUUCACUGAAAGCGACAUUCUCUGUGAGAAUGGUACAAAAGCAGAAGAUAAGAAAGAAAGUAGUAAUGAUACACCGGACAGUGUGUUGGGAGAAAGCAUACCACCAGAUCUAGAAAGAUAUAUUAGGCGUUAUCUCGGCUUGCCAGUGAUGCUGAAAGCGGGCGAGUACUCGCCGAAUAACCCCCUAAUCCGCGGCGAAAGACCCACGGGGGAUGUUCUACUGGGUCUCGGCGAGUAUGAAAGAAGACGCAACACAUUACGCAAGUUGAGACAACAACAGUACAGAGAGUAUCUUGACCAGCAAGCGCAAAAGAAGCAAGAGGCAAAAGAAAAAGCCGAAAGGGAGCGCCGUGAACGGGAGCAGAGGGAGAGAGAACAAGAAGAGAGAGAGAGGGAGAGAGAGCAGGAGGAGAAGAAUAGGGAGCAGGUAGCGAAGAGACGGGAGAGUGGGACGGUAGAACGUCAGAAGUACAGUCCAGACCGGCGGCGGGCCAGCACCUAUAACGAUGCAUACUAUUCCAACAAAGUGGAUACAGGGGUGCAAGUGGACAGUAUCACAACUCCCCUCUCAGUUGCCGUACAAACCGAAGAUGAUGAUUACUUCCAUUUACCGAUGUCACGAUCGCAGCCUCGACUGACGGAAGCGGAGCGCGAGCUGUCUCCUCGUACUGUCGACGGACGCUUACACUGGCCCCCCGGGGGCGGCGCGGGGGGCGACGGGGGCGUCGCAGACAACAGGCGGCGCAGCUGCGGCGACUACGACUCGGGUGGUCGAUUGCGGCGCGAGGGAGGCUUGUUGGACGCAGAAGCUAUACAUCGACGAAACCUGCAGGCUGAGAAGGAAGCAGCAGAACGUCGCCAGUUUUACCAGCAAGAGCUCAGGAACCAAAUCCUCGAGCAGCAGAGGAUAAAAGAAGAAAGGAAGACGAGAGAGAAGAUGCUGGAGCAAGCUGAGAUGCGUCGGCUAGAGGAACAGCUGCGGAUGCUGCGGAUGGCGCAUGAGAGGGAAAUAGGCAAGCAACACGAGAUCACAAACACUAUGAAAGACGAAACUUUGGAAUACUCGCAGAAACGUUCAGAACUACAAAACGAGAUCGACAAAGACCAAAAACGUUUAUUGGUCGCUGCCAAACGUAAUACGGUGACGUCGAAGAGCGAUACCAACGUUACCAAAUUACCAUACUGUUACCAAAUACGGGACAAAGACAAACCAUUCUCAACGAAUAUAUCAGACAAUUCGAUAUUCUCGCCAAAUUACGACGUAGACAGUUAUUUACGACGCAAUCUUAAUUUCAAAGACAAUGUACUAAGAAAUAGACCGGAUAAUAUGAAGAAUACACGUGGCUUAGAUAUAGAAAGUAUUGGUAACUUUGAUAGAGUACACGAACGGAAUAAAGAUGCACUGAAAUCACGGAAUACAAGACAGAAAGACGUCGAAGAUCCAUUACCAAUCCCUGUUCUACGACAUUCGCCCGUAACACAAUCGGAUAAAGUUGAUAGUUCAAAUUUGAGUGAUGCAAUGAAAUUAGUUGAUGAUAAAUGGAAGGUGCCUGUGGUACAGAAGAAUAUAUUGAAGUCUUUGCCUAACGAUGAAGGUAAGAGUGUCAGUAUAUUGACCCAGUUGGGGUCUAUUAGAAGGCAAUUGCAAUUGGAACAGCUGAAACUGGAUAGAAUGAAUGAUGACUUUUGAUCUAAUUCACAUAUUACCUGCCUUUACACGUUCGCUCUUUUACACGUGAAUCGGCUUUCACGGAGGAAACAAUGUGCAUGUAUAUGUAGAUAAAGGGAACGAGAAAGACCGCGCGCGGAAACAGUAAGCGCAUUCCCGCGUACAAAAUCGUGCGUGCUUUAGCGUCUUUUUGUAAUAAUUAAUUGUCAUUAUCAAAUGGUGGACAUCUGACUAUGGAGCAAAAACAUAAUUAUCGAAUUGAUAAUGUUUAAAGAUAAAACUAAAAUUAGUGUAACAAUAAACAAAAUAUUAGAAGAAAUUAAAAGUAUGGAGUUUGUCUCUGGAAAUUAUAUGUGAAAAUAAUAUAAUUUUUUAAAGGAAAGUGAAAUGAAACUUUUAUUUAUCACACGUGAAAGAGUGAACACAAAAAAUAGUGAAAUGUAAUCACUUACGAUUGCACUCGCUGAAUCGCGCGCGCUC